AUGAAGGCACUCGACAAGACCGCGGCGCUCGAACUGCAUGGAAUUGAGCUGUGGCGCGGUGAUCACCUGGCGCUGGGCGGGGUCGAUUUCGAUGCCGAGCCCGCUCAGCUGACCGUCUUGGUAGGGCCGAGCGGUUGUGGCAAGACCAGCUUGUUGCGCGCGGUUGCCGGCUUCGAAGCACCCCAUGCUGGAUCGGUCAAGAUCGGCGGCGAGUUGGUUUGUGGUCCGGGCUGUUGGAUACCGCCAGAGCGGCGCCGGGUGGGCAUGGUCUUUCAGCAGGGGGCACUCUUUCCGCACUUGAAGGUGCUCGACAACGUGCUCUAUGGGUUGUCGCGCGGUGACGGUCGGCAACAGCGGGCAGCAGAGGUGCUCGAGCUGGUGGGCAUGGCCGAGCUUGCCGGACGCUAUCCGGACGAACUUUCCGGCGGCGAGCAACAGCGGGUGGCGUUGGCUCGGGCGUUGGCGCCGGAGCCUCGCCUGGUGCUGCUCGACGAGCCUUUUGCGGCGCUCGAUGCCGGUUUGCGCAAGCGGGUUAGAGACGAGGUCUGCCUGAUCCUGCGUCGCGCCGGGGCUACCGCUAUCUUGGUCACCCACGACCAGGAAGAGGCCUUGAGCAUCGCCGACCGGGUGGUGGUGAUGCACGCCGGCCGAAUCUUGCAAUCCGGUCGGCCGGAAGAGGUCUACCAGCGGCCCAACUGCGCCGAGGUGGCUCGGUUCCUGGGCGAUGGACAGUUGCUCGACUGCGAGGUUCGUCGAGGUGAGGCGGUCAGUAGUCUAGGACGGGUGUCCUGCAGCCUCGACGACGGACCGGCUCAGUUGUUGGUGCGACCCGAAGAUCUAGAUCUACAGCCGGCCGGGGCUGAAGAGGGCGGCUAUGGCGACCGCAGUACAGACCUUCUAUGGGCAUGA